AUGGGAGCACUUGUAAUAGGUUGCGCAUUUCUCGCGACAUUAUGUUUGACUGUAGCUCAAGAGGUUGCAGCGAAGAAUGAAAACGCGGAAGAGCCAACUGAACAUCCUCAACCGUUCAUCACAUACUAUCGGUAUCCAAACAAUCCAGUAUACUACUCAAACACAAUUCGACCUUCCCCAUCAUAUUUAAUACCAAUAGUUGGACAAAAAGUUGAACAACAGCAACAACAAUUGCAGCAAGAGAAUCAACAGAAUCCGAUUAUAGCCAACCGAAAUUCAGAAGCAGAGGAGGCACAACAUGUGCACAGUUACGUUGAGGAUGGCGAAAACCCCGAAUACGCGGAAGAUUAUCAAGAUAAUCAAGAAAAUCAAGAAAACCAGGAAUAUCAGGAACCAGAGGAAGUGACAGACGAUUCGUACAUUCAAAAUGAACCAGUUUACAACGAACAAGAAGAAGAUCAACCUGAAACAUACAGCCCGACCAAUGAAGGCUAUGAUCCAAAAGGGAACAGAGACGACACAUCAUACUACUACAUAAAAUAUAAUAAAGAAUCGCAUGGUCACGAGCACAAGGCCGAACACGGACAUGACCAUAAGCAUGACCACAAGCACGAGCACAAGGACGACCACAAACACGAGCACAGUCAUAAAGGAGAGCACAAGCAUGACCACAGUCAUUUGCACAAACAGGAUCACAGCCAUGAUCACAAACAUGAGAACAAACAUGCCCAUGAACACCAUCAGAAUCAUAAACAUAACCAUCAUAACGAACACGAUCAUAAACAUCAUCAUGACCAUCACGCCAAACAUAAACAUGAGCAUGCCCAUCAAUCUAAACCCUGGCACGGCCAUCACGAUCUUGGACAGGCGGUUUAUUAUAUCAGGGGAUCGUAGUUGUAAACAUAUUUAUUUUGAUAAUAAACUUUAAAAAACCAA